GUGCCUCCGCUUUUCCCCGUGGUGUCACCGUAAAACCCUCACUCACUCCAGAGCCUUUACCGAGGCCAGACCUUUUCUGUGGACAACAUGGGCACUGCCGACGACCUAGAGUACCUCAAAUCCCUUGUCGCGAAGCUUUCUGAGAAAAUUCGCGUGCUGGAGGAUAAAGCCAAGGCACCGGCACCCAAACCUCUCCAGCAAUUGCGUACCAUCCUUGUCGGACCUCCUGGAGCAGGCAAGGGCACGCAGGCUCCUCGGAUACGCGACGAGUUCUGCGUCUGCCACCUGGCUACUGGAGACAUGCUGCGUGAGCAGGUUUCCCAAAAGACGCCUCUGGGAAUCGAGGCCAAGAAGAUCAUGGAUGCCGGUGGACUCGUCUCGGACGACAUUAUGGUGGGCAUGAUCAAGGACCAGCUGGAGAACAACUCUGCGUGCAAGAACGGAUUCGUUCUAGACGGGUUCCCUCGCACUGUUCCCCAGGCUCAGAAACUGGACGGCAUGCUCUCAGACCGGAAGGAGAAGCUCGACUCCGUCGUGCAACUCCAGAUCGACGAUCAGCUGCUCAUUUCGCGUAUUACUGGACGCCUCAUUCACCCCGCUAGCGGACGCAGCUACCAUAAAGAAUUCCAGCCCCCCAAGAAGCCGAUGACGGACGACAUCACCGGCGAACCGUUGAUUCAGCGGUCGGACGAUAACGUUGAGACGCUCACCAAGCGGCUCAGCUCGUUCCAUUCUCAGACGGGACCGGUUGUCGACUACUACAAGGCUAAGGGACUAUGGCAUGGCAUUGAUGCAGCACAGGCGCCUGCUGUCGUCUGGGAAAACAUGCGCAAGACCUUUACCGACAAAAAGUAAAUAUAUAGAGCGACCGCUUCGCUGCGUAGUGCGACAAGUAACAUUAGAUCUUGCUAUGCACUGCCCAUCUCGAAGUGCAACCGAGGAUUGUCCUGUUCAGAGGCGGACUUUUUUGCUCCGGAUUUAGACCAAAUAUGGCUUGAUCGUGGAUGGCAAUGGUUGUCUCACAAAAUGAUCUGACAUGUGCAAAUCAUUCACCCAGAUCCAAGCGAGAUCCUGCUUCACGGCAUCUUCGAUGUAUAAAAUAUUAUCUUAGCCGUUCGAGACUAGCUGCCCUCCUCCCCCAACCAUGCCUACACGCAAAUCCUCUAUCAUUCCAUCUCUGCAGCGCGGUUUCGCAUGCCUAUGUUGCCGCAAGCGAAAACUGAAAUGCGAUGGGACGCGGCCCGUGUGCGUCCAGUGCGUGAAGAUGAACCGCGAGGUGGAAUGCGAGUACGACGACAAAAAGCAGAAGAGCAGGACGCAGAAACUCAAGGACAAGCUCUCGCAGCUCGAGGAGCGGCUCCGCGAACUCGAGUCCGAGUCGUCGCACAGUUCUGAAUCCCCGGGGAGCGAUCAAUCGGCGCUUCCGGCUACUCAGCGAUCAUCCCCCGAGCUGGUCUCGACAGUGGGGGCAUAUGCUAACAACAGCGCGGUCCUUGAGUCGCCCGGAACCAUGCCUCUGGCGGAGAUGGAGGGUGUGAGCGGUCUGGCGAUGGAUAACCUCUUCGAGACGUUCGCAUGGCCGACGUCAUCGAGCAGCUCAUCGUUGUACAGCAGCACGUCAGGGUACGAGACACCUGCUCUGGAUCUGGAUCAAGUCGUCCCCGACCCCGAAAUGUCCUUCUUCGAGAUGUCCCCGUUUUCCAAUGUCCCCGCCAACCCUGACGUGCCGUAUAUGCCACAGUGGGAUCAGAAGGAACCUUUACCGUUUGAGAGCAGGAGGAUUCUGCUCGAUAUAUUCAUGGCGCACCGACACCAGUGUUGGUUCGACUGCCAGAUGGACCGAUUCCUACCCGUCACUUCUUCGACACAGCCAGGUCGCGAACCGCACCCAGCACUCAUGAACGCGAUCUAUUUGCUGGCGUGCCACUUCGCCCGUUCUCCCUAUUGCACCGAGAUCGAGCCGGUGUUCUUCAAUCGCACGCUGCACGAGAUCACCAUCGCUCUGGACGCCUCGGACCGCCUCGUCGAUGUCGUCCAAGCAUCCUGCCUCCUCGCCACCUAUCUCUACAUCAACUGUCGUGCGCUGGAGGGCUAUUGCCAUUCGUUCUCCGCCGCCCGUCUGGCUGUCGGCGUGAGCAUGCAUCAGAUCCGUGGACUCGGGGGCCCAACAAUCGACGCAGCACCGCUCUACAACACCGGCACCGCACCCAUUCCCAUCCCUGCGGCGCGAGAUCAGGCCGAACUUGAAGAUCGCGCCGCCGCGUUCUGGCAGGUGUUCAUGGUUGAUCGGUGCUGGAGUGUCGCGAGCGGCCUUCCGGUAGCACUACCCGAUGGAGAUAGCCCUCAAUUGCAGAUCAACACGCCCUGGCCUGGUUCGCCGCUCGACGGAUCGAUGCUGGAUGCUUCGCACAACACGAUCGGCUCGUUGUUCGACCUGGGAGCCCUCGAAGCAGAUCUGGCGCACAUCCCUGCCCUCCGAGUCAAGGCUGCAGCGCUGUACGAGCGGACGUUCCGAUUGUCGAACACAGUGAAGAAGACGGACGCAUAUUGGCUUGAUUAUCAGGCGGCGGAGAUGGCCCUAGACCGAUUCUGCCUGCACCUGCCCCCCUUCGUGGGCUAUGAAUCGUGGAGAACGCAGUCGCCGCUGAUCGACGUGGACUUGUUUGCGAUCCACACGAUGGUCCAUGUUUCGAGAAUCCACCUGCACAAACACACGCUCGGGCGGCAAGCCUUCCAGGCCGCCAGCUCUGUGCUCGGGCUGAUUCGGCAACUGACCGACGGCGACUACCAGUUCCUGGACCCUACUCUCAGUGCUUGCUGGUCCACCGUCGCUCGAACUUAUGUUCGGCUACUCGCGAUAUCUGGGCAGGAAUUCGGUGCCACGACGAUGUACACUGUCUCGGUUAUCGAGCAGGAUCUGGAAGCGAUCCUGAAUGCCAUGAAGACCCUGAGCGCGUUCUUCCCCCUGGCAGGCGACCACGCGAUGAAGAUUGAGCAGGAAGCAGCGCAGGCAAGGAGUGUUCUCGAUCUAUGAGUCUCUCUCUCGCUUGAACGCUGUAUGUACUACUUAUCCGAGUAAUCUUAUCGACAUUGUAUUCACAAGACACAUUCUUGUACUAAUGUAUCCUACUUUCUGUAU